AUGCACAAGGGCUUUAAAGCCUACACAAAUGACCCAGAUGGCACAAUCAACAACUUCUACCACUGGCUCUUUGCACACCAGAUUGACUUUGCUUUCAACCCAGACAAGGAGCAUAAGCAGAUGAAGGAGGAGAUGCAAAGGAAGAUUGCUCACAACAAGUAUGAGGCAAGCUCUCCAUUGACAACACUUGCCUUGAGCACUGAAUACAAGAUGCAUGUGGAAGAAGAGGAAGAAGAGAAAGAAGGAGGUGAGGCGGUUGCCAAGGCUGCCAGCCUCCUCAUGGCCCUUGCCUUCACCAUCAACAAUGGCCCCAAGGUGCUCAUUUGUUGGCGCUUCAACAAGUGCAUCAAUUGUCUCAUUGUGUUCAAGCCAAGUGGCCAAAUCCUCUACAUGAGAUGCACUGUUUAUUGGUGCUUGAGGACCAUCACCUACUUUGAUGAAGCAUACAGCUUCAUCAAGAGACAGUAUCCUCCCUGUCCUAUCCUCUUGUUUUGA